AUGGGCUCUAUCAACGCUCAAGGCCCUUCCCCCAUGUGGAUUCCCGUGGAUGCUGGCUCCUCCAAGCGGACUAUGAGCCCUCCCGAGGGCCUUGGAAUGGCAGAUGGACGUCUGGCGAGCUCUCCUCUUCCUGGAUCGAGCUUUGACCCAAAGCCGUUAUCUAACAUUGCUAAUCUUCCUUCGCGAUCCGUCUCUCGGAACAUCACGACCAGCUACGCUCCAGCGAUCCAAUUCGAUCCCAUAUGCACCACGGAGACCGUCAAUUGCUUCCAAAACCACGGGGUCGGAGCCCUGGGCACCACCCCACCACCACCACCUUUAUCGCGUCCAUCUAUGACCUCGACUUCUCCGGGUAAACCCAAACUACCGGCACCGCUCGCAAUCCCUGUCCAGUACCAGAAUCGGCCCAACCCUGAACGUCCCACGCUGGCAAAGAAGUCGUCCACCAUUCAUCUUGGAGCCUAUCGUCCUGUCCUCAAGCCUACCUCAAACGCCAAUGAGCGCAAGCCCGCGCACGAGUUCUUCGUGCCCGAUGGAGGGAAUACGACUGGAGAAGAGACGGAUAACACGAGACGAGCGAUCAGGAUUGAGAUGCUCCGAUGGGUGGCCAAUGAGAUGGAAAGCAUUGAGCAAGAAACUAAUGCUACCGUUGCGGCAAGGAGGAACCAGCAUCAGCACAGUCAUUCCGCGGAUUUUGCGACCACGUUUUCCACACGUCUAGCACCCCAGACCCAAACUUUGGGCAGAAAGCGCGGAUACUCUGCUUUGGAACCAUCGAGCCCAAUUGCGGCUGCGAUCCUCGACCCGCCGAAUCUUCCUCCGCCGCUGCUUCCAAAGAGACGACCCCAAGCGAGACGUGGGAGCAUCGAUAGUGUGCUCCCAGAAAACUUUGUUCGGCCCGGGUUCGCUACGCCAGCGGCGACGGCUGAGCCACGCAAGGCAAAGGAUUGGGAGCGAUGGGCUGAAGACAAAGUCAAGACUCGAAGGCGGCUGGAAGAAGUCUGGAAAAAGGAGGACGAUGACUUUGCCGAGACGCAAAGGCUCAUUCGUGAAACGGAAGCGAGGGAGAAAGCUCAACGGGAAAAGGAUGCACGGAAGGAUUGGGAGCGGCGAGCCUUUCUCGAACGGGAACGCCAGAGAAGCCAACGGGAGCGAGUUGAGCUCGAUAGAGAUCGACAAAGGAAUAUCAAAGACGAGAAGGAGCGCAACACCAAUCGGCAGAGAGAACGAGAGGAGGCUAUGCUUGCAGAGGAGCAACGUCGGAGGGAGAUUGAGGAGCAGCGACGAGUGAUUGAAGAAGAAACUCGUCGCAUGCAGGAAGAACUCAAUGCUCGACAAAAGGAACGUGAAGAAUCAAAGCCCGCUCCAGAGACACGCGGCCGUCAACAGCACCAACAAUCGGGUCGUGGCCACCAGUACUUUACGCCAUCCCACUCUCGUUCACGCACACCUGCGUUCGAAGAGCCAUACUCCCCCACAUUUGACGAAGACUCUGACAUCCUCGAGGCUGAAUGGUCUCGCUUUGCCGAAUUCUUCAAGAUCGGCUCGAACCCGUCUCGGGCUCACUCUCGGUCGAACAGCACACGGUUCAACUACCAAACGCCUGCAUCUACGUUUAGAGAUGCAUGGGAGUCGUAUGAGAACCGGUGGUCUAAACUUUGUGCACCGCAUCCAGGUGGCAACUCGACCACAUCCACACCACCGCGGCUUGGAUUUAGUGACAUCCCGUGGCCAGUGUUGAACCAGCCCAGACGUGCAUCCGACAUUGGCACGCAGCUGACGGAAGGCAACAUUGCGUCGUUUAUCCUAUCCUCGUUCCAUUCGUCAGCCACACCUCAGGGUUCAGUGUCGUCAUCACCGAACAGCAACAAUGAUGCUCGUGCUCGCAAGCUCCGUCUGCGCGAGGCGUUGCUCAGGUGGCAUCCAGACAAGAUGGCGAGGAUCAUCGCCCAGACGGCCGAAGACCAACGAGCGGCUGUCAAGGAGGGUGCUGAGACGGUUGCAAGGCAUCUCAACGCUCUCCUGGCCCGAGAAUCGUAA